AUGGCAGAGCACUUAAGUAAGGGGUACAUAGAGGAAUUACGUGAUUUAGAUGAACCUUGGCCCGAGGAGGGAUGUCACUACUUGCCCCAUUUUUUCGUCCUCAAAGAUUCUGAAACUACACCUCUCAGGAUAGUUUUCGCAGCGAACGCAGGUAAAGUCAGUCUAAAUGACUGUCUUUACACUGGCCCGUGUCUUCUCAAUAAUCUGCUCGAACUUCUCGUCAGAUUUCGUUUCCCGCAGUAUGCAUUUGUGGCUGAUAUUCAACGCGCCUUUCUUAAUAUCAAACUCAAGGAGGAAGAUAGGCCCUUCGUGCGUUUUCUUUGGUAUAAAGACAAUGAUCCAACAAAAGAAAUUUGUGUAUAUACAUAUACAACCAUCGUUUUCGGCCAUACAAGCAGUCCAAUGUCUCUUGGUGCUGUGUUGCUUGAACAUUUGCAGAAAUAUAGCCACCCCGUAGCUGUUGAUAUUAGUCAGAAAUUAUACGUAGACAACCUCCUUUCCGGGGCUCCAACCGAGGCUGAAGCCAUUGCUUAUUUCCAUAAAGCGCGCGAAAUAAUGCAUGAAGGUCAUUUCGUUCUACGUCAGUGGUCAACUAAUUCGAAAGCAUUGCAAGACCAAAUCAGUUCUAAUAACACUGGUAUUAAAUCGCAGGCUAAUUCUCUACUAGGCCUACAGUGGGAUGCUUCAAAGGAUUGUAUUAACUUUCCAGUGAAAAAUUUCGAUUCGCCCAUUGAAUCUCUGACAAAACGUAAAGUAUUAAGUAUUGCUAGUCAACUAUUCGACCCACUUGGUUUAGUUUUGCCCGUGUGCAUUCUCGCUCGCCUCUUUAUUGCUGAGCUCUGGGAUGAAAAAUUUGGCUGGGACCAGCCCUUACCCCCUGCCAAAGCGAAAGGCUGGAAAAAUAUCGAACACGAGCUCAAUAUUGCCUCCCGUUUUCAGUUUCCACGAUGGGCAGACUUCGACAAUUCUCGGCCUAUUUAUCUGCAUGUUUUUGCGGAUGCAAGUAAAUCUGUUAUGGGCGCGGUCGCGUACAUAAGUCAGGGAACCCAAUGCACCCUCGUAGGUUCUAAAUCGAAAUUAGCGCCAAGAGGGAAAAAAGGUCUCACAAUUCCUCAACUAGAGUUAAGUGCUAUGUUACUAGGGGCGCAAUUUUGCAACAACCUACUCGCUAUUCUGAAAAAGGAAUUCUCGUGUAUUCACGUUCAUUUGUGGACAGACUCAGAAAUUUCCCUAUACUGGUUGUCAUCUACACGCAAGUUAAAGCAGUUCGUACAAAAUAAAGUAGAUGCUAUCAACAGGCUCUUCGAUUCGUCUCUCUGGGGCCAUACAGCCUCGGACGAGAACCCUGCAGAUAUAGUCUCAAGAGGUUGCUCGGCACAGUCUUUACAAAGAUCACCGCUGUGGAGUCAGGGUCCAUCUUGGAUUACCGAAGAAGCUUUGUGGCCUAAAUGGCCUAAGGCACAGCCGCCCACUAUAACAACACUCAUUGCUGUUGCUGAACAGCAACUCUCCGAAACGUUAAUACGUCCAAGUGUGUGCAACGUUAUCGAGCUAGAGCGUUUUAAUCACUACUCUCGUCUUUUAGCGUCAACCGUUUACGUCCGACGUUUUUGCUCGCGCACAAGGAUAAAGGAACCGCCCUCGACUGCUGAACUCGAAACAGCAGAGCUAGAAUGGAUUCUUUCUCAACAGCAUCAACACUUUGCAACAGUACUUACAUAUUUAACAUCGUCUUCUAGCUCAAGCUUUGAACAUGCACCAGCCAUUGUUCGUCAGCUUAAUUUGUUUCUCGAUGAAAAGGGAAUCAUUCGCACCAAGGGUCGGUUUGAUUUCGACUCUUCAUUGAUUCUUUUGCCGCAGCAUUCACGUUUUACUGACUUGCUGAUUCUUGAUAAUCAUCAACAGUUGCAUCAUAUCGGUGUUGGUGGUACGAUUGUCGCUCUACGCAAACGUUUCUGGGUACCAAGUGCUCGCUCUGCAACACGCAACCUACUUCGUAAGUGUCUUAAAUGCAAGAGAGUCACUGGAAGACAUUACCCGCUUCCUAUGUCAGCAGAGUUGCCAACAUUUCGCGUGGACACGUCUAGCCGUCCGUUUUCAAACAUUGGUGCUGAUUCACUGUGUAGGGCUGCUGUGGUGCGCACAUCAAAGGGAUGUACCACUCGUUCAAUCGUCAAGCUCUAUCCGUUAGAAGUGCAAGCGGGUAGCCAUUCGACUCCAGAAGAAAGCACAGAGAAUAAUGAAGAACAUUCAAACGAAAAUACCCGUCCACAACGCAAGGCAGCCUUCGUAGCAAGAGACGCUAUUCACGCGCAGCUAAUAGACAAUUUACUAGAUUAG